AUGCCUUAUGAAUAUGACUCGACGCUGGACGUGGGAGGGUUGACCAGCUGGUCUGCACCAAGUUCCGCACAGCCGAUAAAUAACAACGAUCAGUUCCCACUUCUGACCGGUAACCUGGACAGAUCUGAAGCGACUCACAUCAGCAUGGCAACCUCUUGGAUGUUUAGUCCCAGUCAUCAAUUCCCUGGGUGGCUGGUCGAUGAGGAUUUCGAUCUCAGUGCUUUGUGUGCAACCAUACCACCUUCUGGGACAUCACUUCCAAUGGAUUUGUCCGGUCAGGGGUUCUUCGCUAGUGACAGACUUCAGAUGAACGACAGCAGUGACAGAAACAUAAUUAUCGCAGCCUCCUCGGAUGUUAUCAGUGAGUCGAAAGAAGAGAGGGUUAAAAGGUCUUGGUUUACGUAUCUGGGUACAGAGCGGAGUGGCCAGAUUACUCCGGACGGGAUAAACCAACCCACCAGUGUGGAUGAGCGAUACAGGGAGGAUUUAUCUCGUGAACUUCAGCAGCGACGGAUAACCUACGAGCCACUUCCGUCUAUUGAUUUUUUGAACUUGUGCAUUCAAAUGUACUUUACGCGAUUUCACCCGAUCUUUCCCAUUGUGCAUGCACCAACAUUUCGACCAUCUGCGAAGCGGUCUUUGCUGUUGAUUUCAAUAUGCUCGGUGGGGAGUCUGUUCUUGGGAUCGCCAUAUGCCGUGACUCAAGGUAACAGACUGUUUGAGCGAUUAAACAAAGCUAUUCUUGCAUCGUGGGAGAUGUACUUUGUGCGAGGCGCGCCAGAAGCGCUUGCGAUGACUCAAGCUGCUUUGUUGGGGCAGACAUUUGCCCUGCUUUCAGGAAAUCCAAGACACAUUGUGUUAUUUCAAACAUUUCACGGGACUCUCAUAGCAUGGGCUCGAAGACAGAAUAUGUUCAAUCAAGACCUGGCGACUAUAUACCCUAGUGGCAUGCAAACAGAUGCUGAAGCUUCAUGGAGGCGAUGGAUCUAUGACGAGGAGAAAAGACGGGUUGCAGUUGGUCUUCGCAUCCAUGAUUCAGAAGCCGCAGAAUUAUUUAUGACCGAGCCAUUUCUACGGUGUUCAGCGGCCGCAUCGGCAAUUGCCUCGAACGAGCUGUGGAGUGCACCAACUUCCAGUGCUUGGGUGCACGCUUUAGAUGAGCGCAGGCAUCAACAGAUGGUCAACUCAGGAUACAGCCCACCACUAUCUACCGACCAAACAGAUGGAGAUGCAUUGGCUACGUACCCAGCCUUUGCACUCUAUGCUUUUCUAGAAGGAAAGACAAGUCAAAUCAUGGAGCGGUUGUCAUCACAAGAAUCACUAAACAAAAUCUCGCAGGAGGUCACGCCAACACUGAUUACUAUCUACAACAGUCGCCUUCAUCAAAAUUCCCAGUCAGAUGACUUCAGUCUAAAGGCAAUGUGGCAUUCAAUGUUCAUGAUCCUGUAUUGCAACAUGAAUAAACUUGAGUGCGCCGUUGGGCGGGAAGGAUACGAAAAGGCGCAAGAGCACCUCGAGUACGCCACUACAUGGGCAUCUUCUAUGGACGGCCAUCGAUGCGCCAUUCAUGCAGCUUUGAUUCUCCGACAUCUACAACGCAUACCAAUCGGACAAGAACCGGGUAUACAUGUACCGCGAUUACUUUGUCACUCUGCACUGAUUUGGUACGCUUAUACACGAUUUGGCCGAGAUGACAGCUCUAUGUUUACCAACGAUGGACUGAACUUCUCAGAGCUGCAAAGUACUGGCAUCGACGCAGCAAGAGUAUUGUUCGCCGCUAAUGGAUUCAAAAAGAGUCGACCCACCACCUCGGAGUCGAGUACAUUGUUCCAUUUGAUUGAUCUUUUAGCACGACUUGGAUUUCGGUGUACCAUUUACCCCGUGAUUUUCCAAUCCGGGGAUGACCACGGUUUCCCGCCGACAGAAUGGGGCGUCCCGCGGCGGGACACAAUGGCUGGGAACGAUCCUAUUUCAAAGGUUUCCCAAUUUCAACAAGCGUGCAUAGAUGCCGGUUAUGAGAAACCAGAUGGCAUGCCGGAGCUGCCGGAAUGGGACAUUGAAACUCACCUCAGUUUGAUGCAAAAAGUAAACAUCAGCAAGUCCAUCUUAUCAAUCAGCUCACCCGGCACACACCUCAUUCAUGGAAACCACAAAGUCGCGCGUGAACUCACCCGUUUGUGUAACGAGUACAUGUUGGAUUUGGUCUCCCAGUAUCCAUCAAAACUGGGUUUCUGGGCAUCUUUACCUCUUCCGGAUGUUGAGGGAAGUUUAGAGGAAAUUGCAUACGCGUUCGACAAACUGAAUGCCAACGGCAUCACGCUCGAGACAAAUCACCAUGGCGUAUAUCUCGGCGACCCAAAAUUUGCGUCUAUAUUCGAAGAACUGAAUAAAAGACACGCUAAAGUGUUUAUCCACCCUACCACCCCAUGUGUCCUUCAGGGAGACCACGAUCAUCCAAAAUCAGUAGCAGCGACUCCAUUAACCCAGUUCCCUAACCCGGUUUUUGAAUUUUUGUUCGACACCGCCCGCGCAGUCAUAAACCUUUUCACGUCAGGAACAAUUUCGCGCUGUCCAAACAUCAUAUUCAUAAUCCCGCAUGCCGGUGGCGCAGUGCUGCCUCUAGUCGAACGUUUUACUUCAUUUGGGCGCCUUAUCGGCGCAGACCAAAGCCUCACCGCACAGAUGAUCAAAGAUGCAUUCUCGCGACAGUUCUAUUUUGAUCUUGCGGGCUUCCCGUUCCCGGAUCAGAUUAAGGAGUUGCUAUUAUAUGUCAAAAUGGAUAGAUUAUUGUAUGGAAGCGACUAUCCGUUUACGCCUGAAAUGGCUGUUCUGGGAUUGGCGAAUGUGAUGACGACGGAAAUGCGAAAGAUGUGGGAAGAUGAAAAAGAACGAGAGAUGAUAUUGUCGGGGAAUGCGAGGAGGUUGUUAUCUUCUUAG